CACGCACUCAGCCAAUCAUUGGUAACUCUACAACAGCUAUGCUGAAAGAGCACAUCCUGCCUGUGGCGGAGAAGUUACGAGAAGAGGCGAUCCGUGUAGGCAAAGAAGAGGACCACUUCCUGCAUUUGAAGAGGACGGGACAGGAAGAACCUGAGAGUGAAGCAGACCUUCAGAAUAACUACCAGAUCCUAGUGAGGGAUUUGUAUGCCUUCAUCCCACUGCUGAUCAAAUAUGUUGACCUGCACAGGUCAUCAUGGUUGAAGAACCCCUGUCUGGAGGCUGAGCACCUCUUCCAGAACAUUGCAGAUAUCUUCAACCUUUGGUCAAAAUC